ACGAGUCAUGAGCGACAGGAUCCUGCUCUAAAGGAUCUGUCGUUGAUUUGAUCACACAUCUCAGUAUAUACUCCGCGAUUUUACGACUCGCUGUUUAAAUUUCCCAAAACGGUGGAGCACUCGCAAGCUGACUAAUGGGCUGACUAAUGCGGACUUCAUCUACUGAGCGUCGACAGCGAAGGCACCGAGCCCGACAAGUUUUCAUCGAUUACUACGAGGCAAACGCUGAAACGAAGAUGUAGAAACGCCGGACAAAAAUGGACUAUUAGAAAAAAAAUGGAUGCUUUGAAUGGCAACAGCAACAACAAUCGAGAAUUCUGUGAUAUCCAAUAUGAAAAUUUCGUCGCGCCAUACGGAGAACUCUGGUGCAAUCCGGUAUGGGACUCGUUGCUUUGUUGGCCGCCGACGAAAGCUUCCGCUACGGCGAAGCAGCGAUGCCCUUUCGUGGAUGGAUUCGAUACAACCAAAUCCGUGGAGAAGAAAUGCGAUUACAACGGACACUGGGAGACACAGAACGGGACGAACACAAACGAGAAUUCGCCCACUGGCUGGGCCAACUACUCCACUUGCUUAACGCCGGAGAUGCUUUGGCUCCACUAUCAGGUCUACAACAACAACUUCGGCGAAGGCGAGAUGAAAGUGGAAAUUGUCGAAAAAACCCGCACUCUCGAGUUUGUCGGCCUCAGUAUUUCCCUGGUGGCAUUGCUUGCUUCCUUGGUGAUUUUCUGUCGAUUUAGGUCGUUGCGGAACACGAGAACCAGGAUUCACAAGAAUCUUUUCGUCGCCAUGGUCGGCCAAGUGUUAAUUCGGCUGACAUUGUAUAUAGACUUCGCAAUCUUUCGAAGAAAGACGCAUGGUAUGCAACGAGGAAUAGGAAAUACACCGGUAUUGUGCGAAGUGAGUUACGUGCUGCUGGAGUAUGUCAAAACCGCGAUGUUCACGUGGAUGUUCAUAGAGGGUCUGUUUCUGCAUAACAUGGUGACUGUGACGGUCUUCCAAGAGACGUCUUAUUACCGAAUGUACCGACUCGUCGGAUGGGGAGGCCCUGUGCUGAUAACUUUGGCUUGGGCCGUCGUUAUGGCGUUUUACUAUCAUCCAAAAUCGAAGUUUCUCAGAUGUUGGUCGGGGUACAAUUUGUCCUCUUACUUUUGGAUCCUCGAGGGGCCCAGAUUCGCGGUGAUAUUGCUUAAUUUCUUGUUCCUGCUGAACAUCAUAAGAGUGCUCGUGGUGAAGCUGCGGCAAAGUCACACGAGCGAGAUCAAACAGAUUCUAAAAGCCGUGAGAGCAACCGUCGUGCUCCUACCCUUGCUCGGCAUCACCAACAUGCUUUUCAUGAUCGGAGCUCCGCUGGACAACGUGAAGAAAUUCGCCCUCUGGUCCUACUCUGCGCAUUUCCUGCGGUCCUUUCAAGGCCUUUUCAUCGCGACUCUCUACUGUUUCCUUAACGGCGAGGUGAGACUCGCCUUGGACAAAACUAUCGCCGUUUAUCUCUCCCUAAGAAGAAUCAAUCUGCAGACGAGAAGACAGUCCACUUUCAGCGACUAUCAGCUCCAUCGAAUAACUUCAGAACGGCCGUCUGACCAUACCAAUUACCUGAAUCCUUCGGCAUCCGAUAUCCAGCCUCGCACUCAAAUAAUUCCUUGGAUUGUGGAGCUGUCACGCUCGGACUACCGACUGGAGGAGACGGAUUUUCAUUCACGGACCAACACAGUCGAAUGCAUUACGUCGCAAUGAAUGCGACCGAAUUUUCAAAUAAGAACGCGCUCGCUCGACAAGUCUGACGUUUUAUUACGCCACAUCACAAUAUAGAAAAACGCGCUAGCGUA